AUGUCAGACUCUCCAAGUGUUGGGCUUCCUAGUCCACCAUCCCGCGGAAUCGGUCGAUUUGCACACGUCUACCUGGAUGAGUCCAACUUCAGAAUCAGUGGUGAAACUGCCAACAAGAAGCGCCACUCUGUCCAUCCCGAAGCACACUUAAGCUGGCAUUACGAUAUCUGCGCGCUAAAGGGUAUCAUCCGCAAGGGCUCUGGCAUCACAGUUGACGAAGCAGUGUCCUUUAAUGUCCACGGAUCUAAUCUUCACCAUUACAAGCCCCUGUACCGGGAUCUUAAGCUUCAUGCUUCAGAGGUCUUAAACUUACCUCGAAAUAAGAACAAUCAAGAGAGGCAGGUUGAUACCAGUCUGGUUAAGGACAUGACAGAUGACGUUACCAAGUAUCGGAAAAUGAAUGUGUCUGCUGUUUUUGCUUUUGUUUCUGGUGACAGUGACAUGAUUCCGGUAGUGAAGCAUGCUAUUUCGCACGGUUAUGCUGUGCACGUCUGGUCUUGGAAAAAGUCUACGUCUCGUGAAUACAGGCGACUUGAGCAGAAUUCGAGCCGAAAGGAUCUUAUAACGCUCACGUAUCUUGACGAAUUUCUAGACAUUCUGACUCUGAGUCACUCUAGUAUUCCUCUGGGGAAUAUCCUUAUCCCUCCUGAUGCUGUCGUUUUUGUUGACCCGUAG